GUAGAGUAUCUCUGUUUGUACCAAUGAGAAUACGCAUUUGAAUCAUAAGAAGUAGAAAAAAUUGAUAGUUUAUAUUUAGGUAAUUUAUUCAAAAAAAAAAAAAAAAUUAAUAAAGGUGAACUUGUAUAUACAUAUAUUCCAUUAAAAAUGGGUAGAUGAAUUUGUUGGUUUAGAGAGGUCCAAAUACAGUUGGGUAAAAAGAAAAAACCCAAUUCAAAUCCCUAAAGAUUCAUAAACCUCACAAAAUCUCAGACGCUUUAUUCUCUAGCAAAAAAAAUCUCUAUGCGUCUGUUCCGCUUGGCUUGCCUAUUUUCUCUAUUCCUGGAAAAUCAACGAAAGACAAUCGGUCGUAACCCUGUUUGAAGAAGAAGAUGGAAUCUCUGCCCAACGAGUUGGUGCUGUUAAAGCUGGGAGUGACAGAUCUUAUCCACUGCAAGAGGGUCUCCAAAUCAUGGUUGUUCUUCAUCAACAGCUCCACCUUCAUCCUCCAACACCUUCAGGUAAUCAACAGCAUCCCUAAGAAAGACAACAUUAUUCAUUUUAAUGGAGAUGAGUUAGAUUUCAGCAAUAUUCCUGAAUUUGCAAAUGAAAUUCUUCAAGUUUUUCCUAAUCCCCAUCAAAUCGAAAAACUAAGGAUUGUGGGUUACUGCAAUAGUUUUCUGUGUUUUUUUUUUUUUUUUUUUUAACCAAAAUGGCCACAUUUUUGUGGCACCCUGAGACCAAAGAAACCAAAAUUGUUAACCAACCCUUCAGAGAAUAUACUGGGGAUAUUGAUUAUACUGCUGCUUGUUUCGGUCUUGAUUCCAAAAACGAUGAUUGCAAGAUUGUCAUGGUUGAUACAUCAACAUAUCGCAGUAAAGAUGGUAUGUUUAGGAUUUUGAUUUACAGCUUGAAAAAAGGACAAGCAUGGAAAUGGGUUAGUAUUAUUUUCAAGGAUAAUUAUGUUGGUAUUAAGCCAAGAGGAUCAUGUGGUGAGUGCGUUGGUGGGAUGUGUUCUUGGAUAUUGAGGAGGGAGAAGAUAGCUGGAAAUGGAGAUGUUGUUGUGCAGGAAGAGAUUAUGUCAGUUGAUAUUGGCAGUGGAGUUCUUAUAUUAACACCUUUGCCUAGUGUUAUUUGUGACAGUAAGCCUGAUUGUAGCAACUUCCUGACUGCCAUUGAUGGAUCACUUGCUGUUAUCAGCAGUGUUUUUGGUGACCAAUAUAGUAUUUGGAUACUUGGCGAGUAUGAUGUUAAGAAGUCUUGGAGGAAACUGUAUGCUGUUUGCUCAAUUCAGUACCAGAUCAGGGAGUUGCCAUUUUUUCGAAAACAGGGUUGUAUUGGAGGCUGUUGCUAAAUUUGCACAAACCCUAGUUCCUAUUCCGAUCAGAAACAAGUUUGAAGGAGUAGUAUAUGAGUCAGCGAUCGUCACAGUGUGUUAGUUUAGACUAGGUUUACAAUCUUUUAUUUUAUUUUAUUUUUUUUCAACUGAACUAUGCGGUAAUUAAUGAGGUAUUUUAUCUUUGCUUUUUCCUUUUGUUCUGUAGACAUGACAGUGCUAUUGCAAGCUUUUUUUUUUUUGGGCUUUAGGACAGUGCUAUUGCUAGCUGUACCAUGAUGUAUAUAUUUCAUUUUAUGGAAAAAAAUAUUCAUAAUUGUUGAAUCUCA